ACCUGGCAGUUUGUGCUGAGACCGAUUGGCAAUCUGGCAAUGCGGAAAUAGAUCUGGCACCCCCGAGCCCGGACUGAGGAGAGAGGCGUGACAGAGCCGAGCAGAGAGGAGAGGGGAUUGCUUUGACAAAGAUAAAAUAAUCAACUCUUUCUUUCCUCUUAGCUUUUUUUUUCUUUUUUUAAUUAAAGUGCUCAGGUGCGCGCUCCUGCACCAGCUGGGAUUUUUUUUAUCCCCCAGCAUUUGUUUUCCAACCUGACAAGUCUGAGAAGAAGGAAAGAAGAAGUGCGUUUUUAAGGAUUCCGGACUUCUUUUACUGACUUUUCCUCCCCCGUUUUCUUGCAUCAAGCAUGGAUGUGUUGGCGAAUUACAGUAUUUUCCAGGAACUCCAACUCGUUCAUGACACUGGUUAUUUCUCUGCGAUGCCUUCCCUGGAGGAGAACUGGCAGCAGACAUGUCUAGAGUUGGAGCGGUACCUACAGACGGAGCCCAAGCGACUCUCGGAGCUCUUUGAUGAGGAGCUGGAUUGUCUCUUAACGCCGACCUUCAUGCAGGGUGGUGACAGUGACGAGGACCUGAUGGACCCCCUCCUCCCCAGCCUCCCUGACCAGCCCAGCCCACUUCCACUCCUGGUAACCCUCCCCAAGGUGCAGGCCAAAAUCCUCCAGGUCCCCAACCCCAGCAGGACCCAAGCAGAGGCAGGGACUGAAACCCUCACACCAAAGGACCAAGUCCUGGCAGGAGUCAGUGCCGCACAGCUCAGCGCCGCCGUCACAUCCCUAACACCACCAUCGUCACCAGAGCUCGGCCGCCACCUCAUCAAACCCACACAGACACUGACUGCGACGGCAGACGGUACACUAACGCUCAAAUUUGUGGCGAAGAAGGUAGGGCUAGGGGCGGCUAAACUGGUGGCAGCACGAGCGCUACCAUCACCGCCAAGCCGAGGAGGAGCCCUCAGUGACAGCGAGCAGGGAGGAGGAGGAAGCCUGGGAGGAGACGUACCAGAGAACAAAAAGAGAGUCCAUCGGUGCCAGUUUAAUGGCUGCAGGAAGGUUUACACCAAGAGCUCCCACCUGAAGGCACAUCAGAGGACUCACACAGGUGAGAAGCCCUAUAAGUGCUCAUGGGAGGGCUGCGAAUGGCGUUUUGCCCGCAGUGACGAGUUGACGCGACACUACCGCAAACACACUGGAGCGAAGCCAUUCAAGUGCAACCACUGCGACAGGUGUUUCUCCCGGUCGGACCACCUGGCCCUUCACAUGAAGAGGCACAUCUGAGGGCAGAGAGAAAAGGAGUGGGAGAGGGGAAGAAGCAAGAGGAGAAAAAGGAGGAGGAGGAGAAGGAGAGAUAGGAGGAGGAGGAGAGGAACGGGCAGUCGAGCUACCAACCGCCCGCCUCGUUCACCCCGUCCAUGACCCAGUCUGCGGCCCCGGCGCCUGCAGGGCAGCGCAUCCAUCUGAGAGGGCCGCAAAGAUCAGUCGGACUGACGGCGCUCUCAUUGGAGACUGGGAUCGGAGGAAAACGAGGAGUAGCUAGAUUGUUGUUUUUCUUUACAAUUACACACUCACACACUUGCAACGUGAACACUCAACACACCCGUCUUUGAAUGCAUCAUCCCGGUGAACCCCGGCUGCUCUCACGCAGCUCUGGGGACUUGGACACUGCCAAACCAACAUAUACUUAACUUGCUUGAUGAAACAUUAACGCCGCCUUUUUUUCUUUCUCUGUAGUCAGUGUGUUUAAACCAUAACGUCACUUUAGGUGAGGAGAUAGUCCAGUGGGGAAACUUUAAAUAUCCAUAUAGUCAGUUGUUAGUGCUUUACCGGCUUCUUGAAUUCCAAUACUCAACUCUUUUUCUUUGUGUUUUAAUGUUUCUCAUUCACGGAACGUAAGAACUCAUCAUCUGCCGCAGUCAGCUUCAGUAAUCUACCAGAAGAAAACAACAACAAAUCUGCAGGAGAGAGACUGUGCGGAUCACUUCUAGCAUAGCUGACAAUCGAACCCAGGGCUCGGACGCUGGGUGUCUUGGUGCACCCAUGGGACCUCGGUCAGCGGGUGCCGCUGCAGCUCUCAGGCUCUCCUCCAGUGGGUGCUUGCAUCUCCCACCUUCACUGAGACGCCUGCCGCCUCCGCAGGCCAUCUGACAGAAAUGCGCAGCGACACUUUCUUCCCUUUUUUUCUACUUAGAGGACGAUAAUUCUUCUUAUUGUUGUUAUUACAAAGAAUGACACUUUGUUCUUUUCUCUCUUUGAGAAAAUGUCUUAAAACUCACUGAAUUGUGUUUGAGGAAAAAAAAAAACUGAAAAA